AUGGCAAUCACUAUCCGCAAAGCUCUCAUCCCAUCUUUCGGUGAUGCAACGCAUAUCGAGAUCGUCGAUGCUCAAAUCGAGCCUCCAGCAGCCAACCAGGUCCAGGUCAAGACGAUAUACGCGGGAAUGGGAGGCGCCGACUUCCUGAUGCGAGAAGGCACCUACCCUCAGCAAAAGAGCGCUCCGCUAACGCCCGGAUACACCAUCAUCGGGCGAGUCCAUAAAAACGGUCCUGGAAGCUCCAAAUUCCAGAUUGGCGAUAUGGUUGCCUGUCUCACCAAGUACGACGCCGAUGCCGAGCUCUGCAACUGCCCCGAGAAGUACCUCGUCCCGGUUCCCAAGGGUAUCGAUCUCAAACAAGCAGUCUCUUUGGUCCUCGAUUGGGCCACAGCCUACGGUAUGGUCUACCGGACCGCGCAAGUCAGCAAAGGCCAGAAAGUCUUCAUUCACGGGCUGAGCGGCUCGGUGGGCUAUGCACUUCUCACGCUCUGCAAGCUGGAGGGCGCCGAGGUCUACGGAACGGCGUCGCCGUCGAAGCAUGAGGAUCUGCGCAAGGAUGGCGUCACUCCAUUCAGCUACAAGAAUAAAGAUUGGAUCCAAAACAUGAAAGAUAGGGGAGGGGUGGAAGCAGCCUUUGAUGCGCUCGGUUAUGAGUCAUGGGACGAGAGCUGGCAGAUCAUCAACCCCAAGGGUGGAAGACUUAUUGGAUACGGUGGAAACCAAAAUACUCUUAACGGCGAGUCCAGUAAUAGGAGCCAGAUUCCUUCCGUUGCAAAGCUCCUAGCAAGGGGUGCGGUCCCAUUCUGCCCCAAGUCGACAAGUUUCUACUACAUCGACCGGGAUCAGAAAACGUACGGGCCGGAGCUGCAAAAGUGCUUUGAACUGUUGAUUUCAGGCAAGAUCCAGGUGCCCAUCAAGAAAGUGUGGACUCUGGAGCAAAUACCCGAAGCUCAUCGGGAGAGAAACACCUUGCCUGGGAUCGGCUCAAUGGUGGUGAAGAUCAACGAUGACCCGGAGGCGUAA